CCCGCCAUCCCUUGACCAUUCAUCAACCUCGCUCGAAGCCUUGCAGCGCCGACAAGUGUAUGUGCUACAGACUGUGAGAUGGACUCGUCGCCCUUGAUCAAGGCCCACGACCACGCGCGCGCCGCGGCGAUUGCGACACAAACCUCCAACACGACGGUUGCGAUCAACGAGCACGCCCAGGCAGCAGGCGAAUUCGCAAACGCAUCCAAGACCACGAGCAGCAUCGAAGCGCUGCGGAUACUUGGGUUGCUGGAGCGCCACCACAGACGGCUGUCAGAGCGGUUGAAGCUGCCCAUCGCGGGCUGCACAUCUCGCACCAUUCUUUGGGAUGACAUUCCCAUCCCCGAGGAAGACGAGAAGGAGGAAGAUGAGAAGGAGGCGGCAGCACAAAACGAUUCCAAGGCGGCGCAGACCCUAAAAGAAGCUCCCGCGGCCGAACAAGUUCCUCUAGCAAAACCGGUGCCGCGCAUCUCGCACAAUCGAUAUCCGGGGCGCAACCUCUCAUCGUCGAUCGCGACCAACCUCGCAUCUGCCCGGGGCAUCAAGGCAAGCUAUAGCACACAACCGUUGACUCCUAGCGUGUCCAACGACCAAGCGCCUGGAAGCCUCGAGGUGCACCCGCGCAGGGAGCGGAAGGAGGGCGUCACGACGGGCAAAGCACCGGAGCUAUCACGGAAGCCAAGCGGAGUACCCCCGGCGAUCAGGGAGGACACGGCCAGCAAGCCCUCGAAAUCCGAGCCGGCCAGCCCGGUGCCGAGCGACGACGGGUUCUCGAGAUUCUACAACACCUUCGGGAGUCUAUUCAAUCGGCUCCCCCUGCCGCUCGUGUUCUCCGGUCUUCCCCUCAUCUCAGAGGAAGCUACUACACCCGCACCAACCGCGCCUACCCCCGAACCACCCCACAGGAAACCACCACGGAAUACGAGACACUCCACGUCAGCUGCUGAACCCGAUCUCACCAAAAUCUACUCGCGCGCCACGCUCCGCUCACUGGAGCGCGACAGCCAUGGCGCCAACGAUUCCUUCUACGUAGUGCCCACGAGCGGCCACACCGCGUCGUACGCGAGCAUCCUGAACCACGAACGCAAGGAGAAGCGUCGCAUGGCGGCAUCAUCCAUCCACAGCGGGGGCAACGACGACAACAACAACAACAACAACAACGUAGAGAUGGAAGCCGAAGACGACGACUUCGUGGACGCGCGGGAGUCGCAGCAAGGCUCCGCCGCUCCACUGUCGCCGACCUUCCGCAAGCGGCGGCUGGGUGGCAAGAGCCAGAGCCGGUCGACCGAGAAGGAGCUGCGCAACGUGAUCGAGGAGCUGCAGCUCGAGAACGCCAGCCUCAAGGACGUGCUGGACAAGCUCAGCAAGCGGCUGCACGCUUUCGAGCUGAACUCGCAGAGCUCGCACAUGGCGCUGGCCCAGAGCCUGAGGCUGCAGCGGCCCGACUCGCCCACCACCCCUGGACUAGCUACUACUAGUACUAGUAGUGGAGUGGCUGCCGCGGUGACGGGGGAGGCGGCGCUGAGGAGGCGGAAUCGGGAGCUGGAAGAGCAGCUGGGCGAGAUGGUCAAGCGCAUGCAGAGCCUGGAGAAGGACCACCUGAAGCUGCAGCUGACGGUCGAGAAGUACCGCGAGAGGUGGGAGCAGCUCAAGGCCAGUGCCAAGGCGCGUAGGGCGGCCCGCGGGGACGCUAGUGAUGGCGAGUCGAGGAGGUGAUGUGUUGUUACCUUUGUAUGUAAGUGCGUGCAGUUUAUUACAGAGAGAUAGUGCUUGCUUUUUUUUUCUCAGGGGUCCUGGAAGUCCAUAGGCGCAGAAUACGCCAGGAGUUGGGUGCAUUGGGGCAAAACUACGAGAUCAAGGUGUAUGUACGUCUUUCACCGAGUACGAGCCGGUACGAGCUAGGGGCCCAGGCCCUUCCGAUUGCGUCCUGAUUACCGUAGUAAAACAUCGCAAAAUCGGGCAUUGUCCAGUAUUGGUGUUUUUACGGGGAGCCGGAGGACCUAUGGAGCGGUUUCACGGUGUUGUGUUGUUCAGCCGUAGAACGAACGUCAUUGUCGAACCGCCCACUUUGA